UUGUCGAUGACGCAGCAGCCACUCGCGCGCUUUUUGAUGACGAAAAAGGCUUGGACUCCAUUGUCUCCCCCUCCCGCUGGAAGUCGUUAUGAGGAUUCUUCUUUUCUUUACCAAGUCUUGGGCAAAUACAGUAUUAAGUGUGUCCACUAAAAAAUUGGCAACAAGGCAGCAACUUCAUUUUACUUCAGCACUACCUCAAUAUUUUUCCAGCCAUUGCAUUUCCAAAGGUUUUGUUACUGAACUGGACACGAUGUCAGCAUAUAACCCUGAAGAGGACGUCAAUCUUUACACUCCUCCCACAACAGUGCGUGGAAUUACUGAGCUGAACAGAGAUUUAUUUCGAAAGAAUGUAGCUCUUCCAGCUCUGAAGGUGAAAAAGGACAUAGUGAACAAAAUUAUGAAAAUUUUGAAAAAUUCAGCACUGAAAAGACCUGGGCUAAAGCGUGUGAUUGAAGACUCUAAAGAUGAAACGUAUAGGUUUAUUUUAUUGGACCCGUGUAAAAUAUCAUGCACAGACUCUUUUGAGGCUUCCAAGAAGGCUGUUCUAAAAGAAUAUAAUGUUGACCUUCAGAUUCACAUGUAUCAUUUAGAAAUGACUUAUGAACAUUUUAAACCUGAAGAGAUUCUAAAGGCAGUUUUGCCUGAAGGGCAGGAUGUAACCUCUGGAUUUAGUAGAGUGGGCCAUAUUGUUCACAUGAACCUCCGCGACCAUCAGCUUCCGUACAAGUAUUUGAUCGGCCAAGUUAUAAUGGAUAAGAAUCCUGGAGUAACUCUGGUGGUUAAUAAAACCAAUAUUAUUGACAACACUUACCGUAAUUUUCAGAUGGAAGCACUAGCUGGGGAAGACAAUAUGAUAACUAAGGUCAAAGAGAACAACAUAACAUAUGAAUUUGAUUUUUCCAAAGUCUAUUGGAAUCCUCGGCUCAGUACAGAACACAGUCGAAUAGUUGGCCUCCUGAACUCUGGAGAUCUAGUGUAUGAUGUGUUUGCUGGUGUAGGACCUUUUGCUGUUCCAGCAGCAAAGAAAAACUGCAGAGUCAUGGCAAAUGAUUUGAACCCAGAGUCAUACAAGUGGCUAGUCCACAACUGCAAGCUGAAUAAAGUUGAUAAUAAAGUACAGUCAUUCAACAUGGAUGGCAGGAACUUUUUGUUGGGUCCAGUUAAAGAGGAUUUUAUAAAACAAGUCGAAAUACUUUCAUCAAAAGAGAACAAAACCUCUAUUCAUAUAAUUAUGAAUCUGCCUGGUUUGGCUAUUGAAUUCUUGGAUGUCUUCAGACAACUCUUUGAGAAACAAAACUUAGUUAACGUUUUACCCACAGUCCACUGCUAUAGUUUUUCCAAGUCUAAUGAACCUGCCAAAGAUAUUCAGAGAAGAGCGGAGGAUUUCCUCAGAACAUCCUUAGAGGGACGGUGCUCUAUCCAUUUCGUUCGGAAUGUGGCUCCAAACAAGGAAAUGUUGUGUAUAAGUUUUAAAGUUCCUGCUGAGUUGCUGUACAAAAAUUACUUUGCAGAAAGAGACAAUACUGAAGAACCAGCUCCAAAACGUCUACGGCCAGAUGAGGUUACUGCCUCAGAAGGACCACAGUGACUUGUGAUAAAUGAGCAACAUCAUUUUGGCAGUUAAGAAACUGAAUACAGUGCAACUUAAUUACCAGUCAGUAAAAAGAAUCUCAGAAUGUUUGCAUCAUUUCCUGCACUCCAUACUCCUGGUCAGGAUUUGCUUCUAUAAACGGCUAGUGAUUUGUUAUAAUGGAUAAUGAAGACCUCUCAAGGGUUCACUUUUUUCAUGCUCACCAGGAUAGUUUUUCCACUGUGCAUAUUGAAUUCUAUCAUGUUAAUAAGUGACCAAUUCUGCCUUCAACAACAUCAUAAGAACUGCAAAAAUGUAUAUUUUUAAAAAUGUUUGUACAUUAAUCAUUUUAUUUUUCGGAAUUGAAAUAGUUUGAAUUAUGUUUUGCACAGCAGAAAACAUUUCAUUAGGUUUGAGAAUAGAUGGCUUCAAACCAACUGCAGUAAAUUAAAUUGUACUUGUCAUGAAUAUACUUUCUUCAGCUCUGGUGUCUUUUGUUAGGCAUUCAUUUUCCAGGAGAAAUGAAGCAAUUUUUAUUUUGUUUCAAAACUAUAACAAAUUAAGUGUUUUUAUUUAUUGAUUUCAACCCAUUAAGUAAAAUGUUCUGAAAUUGUGCAGAAUGGAAUGCUAGAUGUCAAAUGUACAUUUGACUCAUUACGAUUACACCGUAGUAAAUCUACUCGGGUAUAAUAAUGACAUUGGUACGGAUUUUUUUAUAUUAAAGAUAAUGGAAGCCAGUCAGAUGGUUGUUUAGUAUCAUAGGAGUUAAAGAAAUAGGAGAAGGUAAAAUGCUUUGAAGUUGUACAAUGCAGUCACAAAUCUAGUUUGCUGGGCUCUUUGAAAUAAAGUGUCCUUAUAUUUCUUGUCAUGAAAUAAUACAUAUUUUUAAUAAAAAUCUGAUUGAACGUAAGUAGAAAGUAGUCUUGUGAAUAGGCUGUAGCUAAUUAGACAGGUUUGAUUUAUUUUUAAUGCAGAAUUAUUUGCUAAUUAAUGUAAACAGUAUUGAUGGUCAGGAAUGGAACAUAUUUUUGCUUUUACAGCAAGAUAAUGUCAAUGCCAGAAAGCUGAAAUACAAACAGAGUAUGCUGGUAGUACUCAGCAAUCUAGCAUCAUCUGUAUGUAGAGAAAGAGUUAACGCUUCAGGGCUGUGACCUGUUUUCAUAUAUUUCUGUUUUUGGUUUCUAGGGUCAGUAUCAAGCAACAUAAUGAGAAAUAUCUUGAUUAGCUCCACAAGUAUUUUCUUCUGUAUUGCCUGAAAAUUGUUAAGGAAAUCUCUCUGAACUCCAAUGCAGGCAGUAUGUGACAUUUUAUUAUACAUUACAGACACUUGUGAGAGCGUCAUUCUUGUUUCCUGUCUGUCUUCAAAUGUCACUGUAAGCAACUGUUAUGUUAUGAAUGAUACAUUUAGCGGGAUUUUAGGGAUUUUUCACUUAAAAGGUUGUAUUUCUGUACUACACUUCAAAGAGAAAUAAUUUUGAAAGAAACCUUUCAUGAUCCAAGAUAAUAAAAUGUGAGGCUGGAUGAACACAGCAGGCCCAGCAGCAUCUCUGGAGUACAAAAGCUGACGUUUCGGGCCUAGACCCUUCAUCAGAGAGCCAGGAUUGCUGCAGACUUACUAACAACCUCAUCCAGUUUUUAACUCAAUAAUAAUUCUUAAUUGACUCUUAUGUAAAUUAAAUUGUGGCAGACAUAAGAUGAUUUACCCUUAAAACAUUGCACAGACUUCAAAUGUCUUAAACAUGUGGAUCUUAAAGAACAGUGCAUCCUCUGGUCUAGGUAGCAUAUCACAGUGGCAUGGAGGAAAGUCAGAAGAGUGGCAGCAUUCACAUUAUGGUUAUCAACCCUGUUGAUAAUGUGGGAACCUUCCUGAAUUGUUGAUCUGUUACAAGCCAGGAGAAAAACACUUUGUAUUUGUGGUUCUACUUCAGUUAUUUCCAAGUGACAGCUUUCUGAAAAAUGCUGUGUAAAAGGGCAAAAUAUUCAAGUUGUCUGCCAGUAAAAUUAGAAUGCCUGCUCUGGACUCUCUUACUUAAUACAUUUCUGACUACUCAAUAAAAAUAGUAUCAGUACUUUA